AUGGCGCCGCGCCGCACUCAAGAUGGCGCCGACGGGCCGCAGGGGGAGCCGCGCACUCAAGAUGGCUCCCGGCGCGGCGAAGGGGAGAUGGCGGCGGCGGCCGCGCAGGCGCGGCGCCCCUCGCGUCACGCGGCGCGGCGUGACGUGCCGUGCCCCGACGAUAACCUGGACCUGGGCGAGGUGGAGCUGGUGGAGCCCGGGCUGCGCGUCGGCGGGGAGCGCGACGGGCUGUUGGGCGGUGAAACGGGAGGGCUGGGGCCCGGCAGCGGCGGCGGUGGAGGCGGCCUGGGCGGCGGGCCGGGCCCCGGCGGCGGCGGCGGCCCCGAGCAGGAGGAGGAUUAUCGCUACGAGGUGCUGACGGCCGAGCAGAUCCUGCAGCACAUGGUGGAGUGUAUCCGCGAGGUCAACGAGGUCAUCCAGAAUCCAGCGACUAUCACUCGGAUACUGCUCAGCCAUUUCAACUGGGAUAAGGAGAAGCUGAUGGAGAGGUACUUCGAUGGCAACUUGGAGAAGCUUUUUGCAGAGUGUCACGUAAUUAAUCCAAGUAAAAAGUCUCGGACGCGCCAGAUGAACACAAGAUCAUCAGCCCAGGAUAUGCCUUGUCAGAUCUGUUACCUGAACUACUCAAACUCGUACUUUACUGGCCUAGAGUGUGGACACAAGUUCUGUAUGCAGUGCUGGAGUGAAUAUUUAACUACCAAAAUAAUGGAGGAAGGCAUGGGACAGACCAUUUCAUGCCCUGCUCAUGGCUGUGAUAUCUUAGUUGAUGACAAUACAGUUAUGCGUUUGAUCACAGAUUCCAAGGUUAAAUUAAAGUACCAGCAUUUAAUAACCAAUAGUUUUGUAGAGUGUAAUCGACUGUUAAAAUGGUGUCCUGCCCCAGAUUGCCACCACGUUGUCAAAGUCCAAUAUCCUGAUGCUAAACCUGUUCGCUGCAAAUGUGGACGUCAGUUUUGCUUUAACUGCGGUGAAAACUGGCACGAUCCUGUUAAAUGCAAGUGGUUAAAGAAAUGGAUUAAGAAGUGUGAUGAUGACAGUGAAACUUCUAACUGGAUUGCAGCAAACACAAAGGAAUGCCCCAAAUGCCACGUCACCAUCGAGAAGGACGGGGGCUGCAACCACAUGGUCUGUCGGAACCAGAACUGCAAAGCAGAGUUCUGCUGGGUCUGUCUGGGCCCCUGGGAGCCCCACGGAUCUGCCUGGUACAACUGUAAUCGCUACAACGAGGAUGAUGCAAAGGCAGCAAGGGAUGCACAGGAGCGAUCCAGAGCAGCCCUGCAGAGGUACCUGUUCUACUGCAACCGCUACAUGAACCACAUGCAGAGCCUGCGCUUUGAGCACAAGCUCUACGCUCAGGUGAAGCAGAAAAUGGAGGAGAUGCAGCAGCACAACAUGUCGUGGAUCGAGGUGCAGUUCCUGAAGAAAGCAGUCGACGUCCUCUGCCAGUGUCGUGCCACACUCAUGUACACUUACGUCUUUGCCUUCUACCUCAAAAAGAAUAAUCAGUCCAUUAUCUUUGAGAAUAACCAAGCAGACUUAGAGAAUGCUACAGAGGUGCUUUCUGGGUACCUUGAGCGAGAUAUAUCCCAAGAUUCGCUGCAAGACAUAAAGCAGAAAGUACAGGAUAAGUACAGAUACUGCGAGAGCCGACGAAGGGUUUUGUUGCAGCACGUGCAUGAAGGCUACGAGAAGGACCUGUGGGAGUACAUCGAGGACUGAGACUGGCCCCCGCAGAAAAAAAAAAACAAAAAACAAAAACAAAACCACAAAACAAAAAACGAACUCUUGAAACCUUUUACCAUCUUAGAGUGCUCAUGCGAUUCAAAUAAAACACACCCCAAGGCGCUACUCCGCCUCUUACACCGCUGGUCUGUAGUACUGGGAUUCUGUUUUGUUAACAGAAAAAUUUAAGUAAAUUAUAUUGUAAUAAUAAUUAAAAAAAAAAAAAAGGUAGAUAAACCAUUGUACAACAGUAUUCUAGGCGGCCAAUAAGAGUGUGCAGAUGCACUAAAAAAAAAAAAAAAAAAACCAACAAAAAAACCCUCCAACUUUAACUUGUAACGUAGCUUCAUUCUCCAAGCCAACUCCUUUUUCUUUUCUAUCUUUCUUUUCCUGUGUGUAGUACAGAUGAGAUUUAAACCAGUUUCUUGACACUGCUUUUCAUGUCCAAACCAGCCAUUUUGAUGUACUUUGGUAAUGGUUGAGGGGGGGGUGGGGAGGGGAUGGCUCUCCUGCCCCCUUCCUCCUCCUCCUCUUCCUCCUCCUCCUCCUCCUCCUCCUCUCGGCCACCCUGAGUACAGGGAUGAAUGUCGAUUUGGCUCGUUGUAAAGAUGAUUCUUGGGGAGGGGAGGAGGGGGGGGACACAGCAAGGAAAAAAAAAUAAUAAAUAAAAACAAAAACCUUUGUAUAUGACUUUUAAAACAAAAAGAGGACAACACAGUAUUUUUCAAAGUUGUAUAUAGCGCAUAUGCAUGGACAAAGAGCAAGCGUGGCACGUGUUUGCAUAAUGUUUAAUUACAAAAAAAAAAUAUUUAUUCUUUAAAAAUCUUCAA